UUCUCUCCUCCACCACUCUAGCCCGGCGCAGUGCCCGAGGACCUGCCGGCACUAGAGUUCCAGAGAGGCAGGACUGGGGUAGGGGGGACGGAAUUCUGGGUUUCCCAGUAGUUUGGAAGACAUUCUCCUCAUCCCUCAGCGCUGGGGUGUCAGGUCUCUACGUUGCAACUGGGAGGCUGUAGUACCUACCUUGUUCUCCUAGAUGACAUGGUGCUUCGUGCAGUUAGGUGGACGAUUCUCCAGAUUCUCUCGAGUAGAUACCGUGUAUUCGUUUCGGUGCAGAGGGGGAUGAAUCAUCGUUUGAGGGCCUUUUUUAGACUCUCUCCAGAAAAUUGGAGCAUAAGCUUGCAUAUGUUACUAGUUACCAAGCCAGGAAAAUGGUUGGUGAAUAAUUGCCAUUUAUUGGGAGGAUUUGGUGCGUCACCCUUACUGGAAAAGGGAGAGGUUUUGAGAAUAAGGGAAAGAGAACUUCGAUUUUUUUUGAGUAGCUGCUGUGCACUUUGGUGAUUUUUAACCUUUUGGAGAUCACGUACCCCCUUGAAGCUUUGUGGAAGGCCAGGGACAAUUCUUCUAAAACAAUGGGCACACAUACAUUUGUCAUACAAUCGGUGAGACUCAGAGAUUCCGAAGCCCAUCUGUGGACAUUCUAGGGUCUGUGAACUUAAGGUUAAGAACCCCUAUCUUGUAUACCGUAAGUGGCUCUUUAAUUAUGUUACCUUCUUUGACCUUCACGAUAACUUGAGUACCCUCCUUUUACAUGUGGGGAAGCCGAGGCUCAAACUGUAUUCAGAGGUUUGUUCGAGUUUGAUUUAAUUCCAAAGCCUGUGCUUUUCUUAUUGCACAAAGCUGUCCUUGCAUUUGAAAUCCAAAAAGGUUAUUAGGUUAAAAAAAAAAAAAAAAGCUGGCCUUUGCAUAGCUCUUAGUAUGAAACAUAGUGUAUUGGUUAACAUGAACUUUGGAGUCUGACUAAUGGAGCUGGCUCUAAAUCCUCGCUCUGCUUCUUACUAGCUGUAUGACAUUAUCUGUACCUCAGUUUCUUCAUCUAUAAAGUGGAGAUAAUCUCAGUCGAACCUGUCUUAUAGGGAUGUUAUCAGAGCUAAAUGAAUAAAAAUGUGAAGUCCCUAGAAUACCCACCACAAAUAAACCCUGUUAUUUUCAUUGUGCGUCUUCCAACAUGUGGUGGUAUUUGAAUUUUAUGCCAAUUGUAUUUUAAUACAAUUUGGAUAACAAUGGGUACACAUACCCAUUGUUUUGGACCUGAAAUGUGUUGAUAUCCACAAGAACCUUAUAAAGUUUUCAGUUCUUGGAAAGUUCAACCGCAGGGUGAUUUCUCGUGAUUUGUGUAUAGGCACAGUUUUCUUCCUUCUUCUCCUUUUUCUUUUGGGCUUGCAGGCAUUUAAUAGCUUUGUAGUUCACAUACCUGACUUUGUAGGCUCCAAAUUUUUUAUGUUGAAACAGUUUUAUCAUUGAACCAUCUACAGAUACUGUAUGUGCCUCCUGCUUUACCCCAUUUGUGAUCACUAAAAGUCCCUAAUCUCUUUGAGACAGCUUGUCUGCAAGCUGUCAUUCGUGGGUAGAACUGAGAGCUACCACUUUUUCAAUGCAUUAGAACCUCUUGGUGCUUAGGCAAUAACCUUUUUAAGCAAACACGAUCAGUUUAUUUUAAACAUUUGGAUACUGAUCAGUAUUAUAGAUAGGUUCAGAGGGAAAAUUGCAAAUAAUUAAAUAGUAAUUUGCAGAACUGACAGAACACUCUCCUGGUAAUGUGUACGAUGAAUAUUGGAAUCCAUGAACAAUAACAAUUUUUUUAAAAAGCAGUUUGUAAUACCUGUUCUGAGAAUUUUCUGGUCUCCUUGUUUGUUAAUACUUGAGAGGGAGCUGUGUUAGUGAAGGAACACCACAGGGGAUGAGAGCAUACUUAGAAAAAUGUUUUUGUUGAAUUGUAAUUUUAUCGCAUUGUGGGAUUCUUACAGCCUAAGGUUAAAGUACUGAGAUGCUCUAUAGCAUGUUUUGAUGGUGAUGGGAGUGGGGAGAUGGUGUUGCUUUGUGUUGGGUGGGAGCAGAAAGUAAUUGCUUUUGAUUACAUACUUGUGAGAAAAAGAAAUGGUUUUAGUCCUUCUCAGCAGUCAAGAGGGUUGUUUUGUACUUUUCUGCAAUCUUGAAAGAAUUUUUUAAGGCAUUCAACCCACAGUUUUGAACACAUAAUUGGGCUUGGAAUUCAUUCCAUUCACUAAUUGGUCUAACUUACUAAUUUAAUAACAAAUUUCUUUAUAAAAUUAUGGAUAAUGAAAGAUUCCUUUAAAACGCUUGUAUUUCAAUGUUAGAAAGUUAAAGGUAGAUUCACUUUUGUGGCCAUCAAGGGAAAAAAAUAACGCACAGAUAUUUUCUUCAUUUUCAAGUUACAGUUUUUACGUCUCAUGUGAUACUGAGUUCUUUCCCCCAGCAUUACUUGUUAUUAAUUGUUUUUCUGUUUACUUGGCCGCCUCCUAAAAAUAUCGCAUGUUGUACAGCAUCUUCUGCCCCUAAGAUACCGAUACUGAAUUGGGAUUGCAAAGAUACCUCAGAGGUCCGCUGUAUGUUCAUUCAUUCAGAAGGCACUUAACAAGGGCCUGUUCUGCCCUAGGCAGUGUGCUGGGUACUCUUCAAGAGCUCAGGCCUGUGUUGGAGACAGGCUUGUGAACAGAUCAAUUAUGGUAGGUGGUUCAACAGAGGUAUGUAAAUUGAACUAUUUUAUAAGAGUUAUUCUGCCUGUUCAUUUUUAUGGAAGUGGUCCAGGUUGGAGUGCCGUUGUGUAAUAUAUAUUACACAUACCGUUUUAAUAUUACAACGUACCCUAUAACAAAUCAGACUUUUCAGUCUGGGUUCAUCAGAAUGGGUUCUAGUGUAUCAUUUUACUUUUUAAAUGACUUUAGUCAUUAAAUAGCUUAGGUUUGAAUUUCAGUUCUCUUUCUUUGGUUUCUUUUUUGAAGCGUUCAUGAAUGUUUACCCUUUACUAAUUUUCUUUUAUACAGUGGUUUUCAAACUUGUGAGGUGGUUAAGCCUGAUUGUAGUUCGCGUGUAUGUAAAUGUGCGCAUGCGUCAGUGUGUGCGCACUUGCGCAUGCCUGAAGCCUUGAUACGGUGUUGAAUCACCAUGAUGUUUUCCUGGUGGAACUCUUGAAGCCUGUUCUACAAAUGUGGUUUAAUAGAGUGUUCAUUUAGUUGUAAGAAACCAAACAGUCACGGUAAACACUAGCCUGAAUUGAACAAUGCCAUACGAUUUUAAUAUGAAUUUUUGCCUUGAAUAGUUGAAUAAUUUGCACCAUGCUUUUUUUGGAACUUCUAGAUGCAGCAUCAUUUCAGUGCAGUUUGCCUGUUGGUGUUGAGAUGCUGGUAGUCAGUAUCUGUUCAUUGUAUUUUCUUUUCGUUAUUUUUGGCCAGAGUUCAGGUAAAGGUAAUCUAAUAAUAUACAACAUAACAUUUUCUGCAGGUUCCCCUUGCUCUUAUCCAGAGAUCUAGCCCAGGUUAUUUUAACCCCUCUUUUGUCCACUUAGAGAGGUUCUACUCCAAGGCCACCCCCACCCCCCACCAUUGUAUGUAUGAGCUAGUUUUUCAAGGCUUGCUGAGGAAGGAAACCCAGCUGGGCUGCAUAAAUGGUUUAUGGAAAAGAUUGAAAAGGAUUUGAAAACAAGUGUUUUAACCAAGCAUUACCUGGAUUGGGGUAGGGAUUAAAGUGGCAUGAUCAGAAUCCUAGGAAGAAUAAGAAUAUAAAGUGGGAACAAGAUGUAAUUUUUUAAAAACCACAUUUUAUUUUGGAAUAAUCUUAGAUUUACAGAGAAGUUGCAAGGAUAGAACAGAGUUCCUAUAUACCUUUCAUGUAGCUUUACCCCUAAUGUUAACAUCUUACAUAACCACAGUACAUUUGUCACAUCUAAGAAAUUAACAUUGGUACAUGUUAACUGAACUACAGCCUUUUUUUUCUUCUUUUUUUUUUUGAUUUUACAAGUUUUUCCUCUAGUAGCCUUUUUUCUGUUCUAAGAUCCAGUCCAGGAUACUAUAUUGUGUUUAGACCAUGUGCUGUGCAAUUUGGAUAAAUAGGCUGGGGUUUCCAGUGGCUUUUUCUCUGCCACGCAUGUGGAUCAGUAAUCCCCUCUGACCAGUGCUGAAGAGAGAAAGUCAUUGACCAUGAGAAUAAACAAUACUGUAUAGGUAGUGUUUUAGUAUCCCCUUAAUUCCCAAAGCACUGUUAACUCGGUCGAAGAGUUGGCUUUGCUCCCAGGAGGGUGGUAUGAAGUUUUCUGAGAAGCUAAGAGCUAAUCCUGAUUGAGGGGCCCUUCUUGGGCUCCACUAACAGCAUGUGCUCCCUUCAUAGACUUUACUACAUGGAAUUAUCACCACUUGUUUACUUGACUAUCUUCUUUACUAAACCAUAUGUUUCUAAGGGGUCAGGGACCAUCUUACUCAUUUUGGAAUCCUCAGGGUCCAACAUAAGCUUGGUAUAUGAUAGAUUCUUUUUCUUUUAUUAUUUUUGUUUAGUUUUGAGAGACAGAGACAGAGUGUGAGCGGGGGAGGGGCAGAGAGAGAAGGAGACACAGAAUCCGAAGCAGGCUCCAGGCUCUGAGCAAGCUGUCAGCACGGAACCCGAUGCAGGACUUGAACCCGUGAACUGUGAGUCAUGACCUGAGCUGAAGUCGGAUGCUUAACCGACUGAGCCACCCAGGUGCCCCUAUGAUAGAUUCUUAACACACAUUUGAAGAAAUUAAUAAAUCCUUGUUUGGUAGCAUUGACUAUUAGAUCAACAGAAGUUUUGUUUUAAUACUAUGUAAGUGUUGAGUUUCUCCUUCGAUUUGAGCCGUCUUAGUUUGCCAAUUCUGUGGCUAGUUGAGUUUUUCUUCCUGGAAUCUUAAAGAACUAUAAAAUACUCAUUUAAGAUUGCUCUUUUUUUUUUUGAUUAUGUAAAUAAGUUAUUUUCUUUAAAAAUAACAGAAUAGACGGUAGUAGAGGUAGAAAUUUUGUUAGCUUUUAAGUGCAUGUGUGACAAUUCCAGUUUCAUCCCACUAGGCUGUAGAUCUGGCUGUGUGCCUGCCACUUCAUGCACAGUUAAUGAAAUGACACCUUCCUAGACUUAUCGAGGGAGACGGCUUGUCAGAUUCAGAGAAUUAGUUUAAAAUUUUUCCUAUUAUAGCCAAGAUUCAGUGGCCCAGGGUCACCUAAGCAUAAAAGCUGCCAUGGUAUGGGAACACAGGGGCCUGUCCUGAUUCUGUGGAUCAGGCACAGUAGAUUCUGUUUGGUAAAUAGAAAAAAAAAAUCACGAUUGGAGAGAGUUGUAAAUUGAAGCUGCUGUUUUCUUGAUAUAGAUGAAAGACUGUGAUGGGGCAUAGAUGAGCCAGUUUUUCUAUUUUGUUUUUUUCUCCAGACAUCCCAGGAAGUUACAAAAUGAGCAAUGAUAAAUUGGCCCUUGUUUCCCUGUUUUACUCACAUUAGCUUUGAAUCCCUUUUUCCCUCCUUUCUCUGAACUAUGCUGAGAAUGGCAAAGUCUGUUCCAGGGGGCAGUUGAAUCUAAACUGUGCUUUCGUAUGUACUCUUUAUUUCAAGUCUGAAGAACUCUGGUUUGUUUUCAAGAGAAUAGUUCAAUAGAGAAUAUCAAUAUUAAGAGAUGUAGAAUUACUUUUAUGUCUGCCAGCUUAGGCUUUAUAAGCCUAACUUUUCUUUUAACCAGUGAAUGAUAACUUUUUUCAGCCUCCUCUCAGGUGAUAGUGAGCUUAUAAAAGCUUCUCUUUAAAACCAGAAGGGCAAGUAGUUCAUUGUCCUUGGCUUAACCUGCAGGUGCAUGGUCUGGGUUUUGGAAUUUUGUUGUUGUUGUUUUAAGACCCAGCAUCAGGGGUCCAGAAGGUUUAUGUCAGUUUGAGGAGAGCUGAGGGACUAAAACAUUGGCUACAUUUAGAAAUGCCAUUUAUUAGGUUAAAGAGUAGGGGGAAUCUGUUAAAAGAUUAAAAAUCUUCCCAAAUUCUGCAAUAGGCUGUAACUUAAAUCCUGCUUGGUAAUAUGGGAAGUUGAAUUUGGAAGAAAGCAAUAAUAAAACUGAGUAAUUAAUGAAAUAAAGGGAAUGCAGGAGCUUAAAAAACUCUUGUUAAAAAUUUUUAUUACAAUAUAGUUGACAUACAAUAUUCUCUUAGUUUUAGAUGUACAACAUAGUGAUUGGACAGUUAUAUACAUUAUUUUUUAAAGUUUACUUAUUUUGAGAAAGUGAGCACAUGUGCACACUCAUGCAGGGGAGGGGCAGAGAGAGGGGGAGAGAGACUCCCAAGCAGGCUCCGUGUUGUCUGUGAGGACCCCAGCGAGGGGCCGGGUCUCCAACUGCGAGACUAGGACCUGAGCCGAAAUCAAGAGUUGGACACGUAACUGACUAAGCCACCCAGGUGCCCCAGACAAUUAUAUGCAUAAUGAAAUGCCUACUGCGAUUAAGUAUAGUUACUAUUUGUCACCGUACAAAGUUAUUACAGUAUUAUCGAUGAUAUUCCCUGUGCUGUAUUUUUCAUCCCUGUGACUUAUUUAUUUUGUAAUAAAUACAAAAGAAGUCUGUACCUCUUACUCUCCUUCACCUAUGUCACCCAUCACCUCACACCCCUCUCCUCUGGCAGCCAUCAGUUUGUUCUCUGUACUUACGAGUCUGUUUUUGUUUGUUUAUUUUGUUUUGCAGAUUGUACAUAUAAGUGAAACCAUGCAGUAUUUGUCUUUUUGUGUGUGGCUUAUUUCACUUAGCGUGAUACCCUCUAGGUCCAUCCAUGUUGCUGUGAAUGGCAAGGUUUCAUUCUUUUUCAUGGCCGAGUAAUAUUUCAUUUUAAAUAUACGUGUAUGUUAUAUGUAUAUACAUUAUAUGUAUAUAUUAUAUAUGUCCCAUCACAUUUUCUUUAUUCACUCACCUGUUGAUGGACACUUAGGUUGUUUCUGUAUCUUGGCUAUUGUAAAUAAUGCUGCGGUAAACAUAGGAGUGCAUGCAUCUUUUCAAAUUAGUUUUCCUUUUCUUCAGGUAAAUACCCACAAGUGAAAUUUCUGGGUCAUGCGGUGGUUCGAUUUUUGAUUUUUUGAAGAACCUCCAGACUGUUUUCCACAGUGGCUGCACCAGCUUACAUUCCCACCAACGGUGUACAGGAUUCCCUUUUGUCCACAUGCUCACCAACACUUUUUAUUUCUUGUCUUUUUGAUGCUAGCCAUUCUGACUAGUGUGAGGUGAUAUCUCAUUAUGGUUUUGAUUUCCAUUUCCCUGAUUAGUGAUAUUGAGCAUCUCUUCAUGUGUACUCCUGUUAAAUAUUUUAAAAAGAGAUUUUCUUUUGUGAAACUUCUAGAGAAAAUUUCUAGAAAAAAAUCUUUGCCCUGGUGUUAGGCGAAGAUUUUUUAAUAGGAUACAAAAAACAACCUAAAAGAAGAAUGUAGAUAAGAUGGAUUUCAUCAAAUUCAAAACUUAUUCUUUAAUACCAUUAAGAAAAUGUUAAAAACAAACCACAGAAAAUAUUUGUCAAACAUGUGUCUAGUAUAUAAAGAACUCUGAAAACAACUAAGUAAUAGGACAAACAGUUUGAUUUUUAGAAAUACAAAAGAUUUGGAUACCAAAGAAGUGUCACAAAUAGCCAUUAAGCACACGAAAGCGUAUUCAAUGCUGUUAGUCCUUAGGGAAUUGCAAAUCAAAACCACAGUGAGAGGGACGCCUGGGUGACUCAGUUGGUUAAGCGUCCCAACUCUUGAUUUCGACUCAGGUCAUGAUCCCAGGGUCGUGAGAUUUAGCCCCAGGAUGGGCUCCAAGCUGAGCAUGGACACUGCUUAAGAUUCUCUCUCCCUCCCUCUACCCUCCUCCCUUGCUGUCAUUCUCUCUCUCUCUCUCUCUCUCUCUCUCUCUCUCUCAAAACAAAAACAAAAACAAAAACCCACAGUGAGAGACCACUUCACACCUAUUAGAAUGGGUAAGAUUUAGUAGCAUGUUCUUUAACCUCCAUGUGUUUAGAUUUUUUUCUUGUGGUUGAUUUCUGGUUUCAUAGUGUUGUGGUCAGGAAAGACGCAUGGUUAUGACUUCGAUCUUUUUGAAUUUGUUGAGACUUGUUUUGUGGCCUAAUAUGGAUCUGUUCUGAAGAAUGUCCCGUGUGCACUUGAAAAGACUGUAUUCUGCUGUUUUAGGAUAGAGCGUUCUGAAUAUAUCUGUUAAGUCCAUCUGAUCCAAUGUGUCAAAGCCACUGUUUCCUUAUUGAUUUUCUGUUUGGAUGAUCUGUUCAUUGAUGUAAGUGGGAUUUUAAUGUCCCCUACUGUUAGACUACCAUUGAUUACUUCCUUUAUGUUUGUUAUUAACUACUUGAAGUAUUUGGAUGCUUCCAUGUUGGGUGAAUAAGUAUUUAAAGUUACUAUGUCUUCUUAUUGGAUUGUUCUAGAAUGAUAAAAUUUAAAAGAUCAACAAUGCCAAGUGUUGGCAGAUGUGAGCAACUGGAGCUCUCAUACGUUGCUGGUGAAAAUGCAAGAUGGUGCAGGUGCUUUGGAAAACAGUUUGGCAGUUUCUUUUUUUUUUUCUUUUUAAAUGUCUAUUUUAUUUAUUUUUGAGAGAGAGAGAGAGCGCGUGAGCAGGGGAAGGGACAGAGAGAGAGGGGGACAGAGGAUCUGAGGCAGACUCCAUGCUGACUGCAGAUAGCCCGAUGUGGGGCUCAAACCCACGAACCAUGAGAUCAUGAUCUGAGCAGAAGUCGGAUGCUUAACCGAUUAAGCCACCCAAGCACCCCGACAGGUUGGCAGUUUCUUUUAAGUUAAAUAUGUACUUAUCAUAUGGCCCAGCCAUCUCACUCUUAGCUGUUUACCCAAGGGAAGCAAAACAUGUGUCCACACAAGACUUAGGCUUGAAGGUUCGUAGCAGCUUUACCCUGAACAGCCCCAAACUGGAUAGAAUCAAAUGUCCUUCAACUGGUGAAUGGAUAAAGAAAUUGUAAUAUGCCCAUAUAAUGGGCUGCUACACAACAAUAAAGAGGAAUGAACUACUGGUACAUGUAAUGACAUGUAUGGGUCUAAAUAAUGUGGUAAGUAAAGAAAUGCCACAACACAAAGGUCUACAUUUUGUAUAGAACGCUAUUUGGCAUUCUGUAAAAGGCAAAACUAUGGUGAUAGAAAGCACAUCAGUGGUUGCACAAGGGGAUCCUGAGGAGACUUUGGGAUGAUGAAAUGUUCUGUAUCACCAUUGUGUUUUAUAUCCAUAACCUUAUACAGUUGGCAAAGCUCUAAUUGUUUAAGUUGGCGGCUUUUACUAUAUAUAAGCCAUACCUCAAUAAAGCUGAUUUUGAUAUGAUUUUUUUGCCAUUGAUUUAUGUGGGAUUAGAGACUGGAUUCAGAUUAGUUCAGAUCUGAAUUUGUUAUAGGCACUAAGAUAAUUUUGAAAUAAUCAGUAUCCCUGAAUUGACUUGCAAAGAGCUUACUAGUUACCAGUGUUGGGUCAAGUUUAGGCUAAGAUUUUUAUUAUUAAUGAGAAUAGAUGGAAAUCAGAUACACAUUUUAUUUGAAGUUGCUUGAUCAGAGAAUGAGAGUUCCAAAUAAUCAAGGAAGAAAACCUGGGUGCUGAUUUUUGAAUUCCCCCUCUGGCCUAAAUCAUUACUGGUUCUAAUACUGUGACCACUGGUUUCUAGAAAUACUUCCUUUUGGCUCUAGUAAACGACUUUCACAGUUUUUUCCUUUUCUCUGAUUGUUCCUUUUCAGUUUUUGCUAGCUCCUUUUUUGGGGGAGAAGGCAGUACUUUUAAGGUUGAUGUCCUCAGAGUUGUGUAAUUGGUCUUUUUCUUGGUCUACUUGUUUUCCAUGGCAGUCUUGUUUUUGUUUUUGUUUUUUUAAUCUCCUGUGUCUUUUAACUGCCCUCAGGGUACUGGUAUUUCCAUGGCUUCAGAUGCUUAUGUCCAUUUGUCUUGUGGAUAUAUUCACCCGGAUAUCUUAUAGACACUUCAAACUUAACAUGUUCAGUUCUGUGCUUAUCUUUCCCUCUGUACUGGCUCUGUGUCUUUCAUUCACCACCACCACCAUUCAUCCAGGCUCCCAAGAGUAAAAAAUCCUGAUUUGUCCUUUGUUUCUUGCUCUCCUUUAUCUUUUUGACCCAUAGGUCACUAAUCCUGUUGUUUCUAACUGGGAAACAGUGCCUACGCUAGCCUCUCCCCCUCUCCAUCAUGACCAGUUCCUCGCUGCUCCCUUGGACCAGCAUCUUCUGGUCUCUCAGCCAGUGGCCUGUCCUCCUCUUCAGAGUCUCUCUUAUUAUUACCGCCAGAGUUACUUCUUUUAAAAUGUGUAAGCCUCUUUCUCCCUUAACUUAAAAAACACCUCUUGGCUUCUUUGGUUGUGGUUGCUUAAAGUCUAAAACGAAAUCAUAUUUCUUUAAAUUUCCAGGUUAAGUAUUUCUUGAGCUCUCAUUCUUCCUAUCCCAAGAAUCUUUUCUCUUUUUUUUUUCCUUUCUUGGGGUUCUUGACACAUCAGGCUCUGGAAUCACAUUGCCUGACUCCUUCCUUUGUCAUCUAGGUAACAAUAGGCAAGUUAUUUUAGCUCUCUGUGCUUCUGUUUCCUAAUCUGUAACAUAUGGAUAACAAUGUAGGUACUUUAUAUGGUUGAUGUGAGUUACGUGAGAUAAUACAUGAAGCACCUCAAACAGUAGUAGUAAGUUCUCAGUAAAGGUAGAUUUGUGUUAUCAUUCUCUUUUAAAAAAAUUGUUUUAAUGUUUAUUUAUUUUUGAGAGAGAGAGACAGAGCAUGAGCAGAGAAGGGGCAGAGAGAGAGGGAGACACAGAAUCUGAAGCAGGUUCCAGGCUCUGAGCUGUCAGCACAGAGCCCAAUAUGGGGCUCAAACUCACGAACCUGAAAGAUCAUGACCUGAGCCAAAGUCGGACGCUUAAUCAACUGAGCCACCCAGGCACCCCGUUCUUUUUUUAAGUUUAUUUAUUUUUGAGAAAGCAUGAGCGGAGAAGGGGCAGAGGGAGAGGGGGGCAGACGAUCCAAAGCAGGCUCCAUGCUGACAGCAGAGAGCUCAAUGCAGGGCUUGAACCCACAAACCAUGAGAUCAAGACUUGGGCUGAAGUUGGAUGCUUCAUCAACUGAGCCACCCAAACGUCCCUGUGUUAUCAUCGUUCUUGAGAAAAAAAAAAAAAAAACAACAGUCCGUAUUUUGGAUCCUUGCUGUGGUUGCUUCCAAAUGGGAUUUCUCUGGAAAACCAAUUAGUCCCUCAGGUAUACACAGUGCCAUCUUCCUAAUUUACUGCAGGUUGGGCCGCCGUUGUGGCCUGGGUGCAAACUUCCGUCGUAGCUGGGCAACCGGGCAGCCUGCUUGGCAGUUAAAGCCACAUCCCCUGAGGCACCCGUCUAGUGCCAAGUCACCCGGGGCUAGUUUCCAGCCCUUCCUUUUCUUAGUGGAUCUCCACUUUAUUCCUGAGGCAACUGAAGAGAAGUAGUUUGUCCGGGAUUACUCAGUAGUAAGAUUCAUGCUCUUGAGCAUUAUACUGUACUGUACUGAGAAUCAGUCACCCUAGUUUGGCCCCAUUUGGUCUUUCUAAACACUUUGUUUUCAUAAUGCUCACCUCUUUCAUCCCCUUUCUUGACUCUGAACUUUUGCUUAUGCUGUUUUUUCCACCUAGAGUACUGGUCUUUUCUGCCCUGCCCUGCGAAUGCUUGCUCAGUCUUAAUAGCUCUCUUGUCUCUUCUGUGGAUGCUUCCUCACUCUCAGGCAAAGUUACCUUUCUCCUUCCUUUGCCCCCCCCCCCCACAUUGUUUAUUCCUUUUUUGUGGCGCUUGCCUCGUUGUAUUGUCCAGUACCCACUUUGGACUGAGUUCAUCCAGGUUAAGAAAAUACCCUGUCUCAUUUUUCCGUGUUACUUUAGCUUUUAGCACACAGCCUGGCAGACAGCAAAUGUUCAAGAAAUACGAAAUGAAUGAAGAAUGAACCUUACAGAAGAACACGAAGAUGUUGGUGAAUUACCAUCAGUGAAUUACAGUUAUGUUAGGCAAAGGGAAAAUGUAGAUAUCCAAGGAUGGGGAACAUAGCAGAAAAAAUAAUUUUAUUUAAAAUGUGAGUAUAUGAGAUGAGUGAUAGUGGGGUAAUAGACCAUGAGUUGAGUGGGGAUUGUAGUGCUUUUCAAACUUUUAAGCUCGAGUACCUCUGGUGGUAGAGGAUAGUGGGCAUGUAACCCCUUCGGGGCUGGGAGCAGAGCCCCAAGCAGCCUUUCUGCAUCAGGUAUCAAAUCUCCGAAUAUCUUGACCACACUCAUAUUUUAUCUUUAGACAUUCACGCAAAUUGUGCAUUCUAUUUUAUUACCUAUGAGUGUUUUAACGUGAACAGGGCUUUCCCUCCCCACCCACCUCAUCCUUUAGUGAAAAGUUGCUGCACCAACAUGUGCCAUUUAUCCCCGGCCUUCCAGCACAUUCACAUGCCCCAGUGCCCAAAUCUGAGAAGCAUGGAAUGGGGUCAUAGUCUAAUAUGGCGGUAUUCUAGCUUGCUGUGAUGUGGGGGAUUGUCUACUCAGGAGUGUUAUGUCAUAGAACCAGGAGGGUGAGCUCAUCCUGUUCUAACGAGGCUGUUCCUGGAAGGCUGCAGUCAGUUGGAGGCACCUCAUUACCAGAUCGCUGGGGACCAGCUGGAGAGAGUUCACAGAAGACCCACAAGAAUGAUUAAGAGACUGGAGGGGCUGACUGAUGAGGAAAGAAUAUAAAUGAAAACCGUAUAAGUUGGCUGAACCGAGAUAGCAGGAAUACACAACUGUGAUCCUGGGACAAGAGAACAGAUGCAUCCUUUGGCAGUUGAUUGCACCAUGCCCUAGAGAGAAGUCCGGGAUAACAGGUUUUGGGGCUGUAUUUCUCCACCCUGGAAUUCAUCCAGUUCAUCCAGAACUAUUGACCCUCUGCUCCUGUGACAUAUCCUCAGUGAGUGUCUGAUGGACAGACACUUUCCGUUGACCUUGCAGCAGUUUUCUUUCCUGUGGAAGUUGGAGGACAAGGUGAAUGGUGCCAGAAGUUACCUGCUUUGGUGAAUAGGAGUGCUCGACCUGGUGCUCAGAACAUGGGCCCUCGUUUAAAGCUGCAGCUGUGAUCCUCGGCUGUCUGGCGGCACUGAAGGGACCUGAUGUUUUACGUUAUUGGUGGAAUCACAGUGUCUGUGGUUGCGUUCUUCUUCACAAUUAAGUUCCUCUUUGAGCUUGCCGCACGUGUAGUCAGCUUCCUCCAGAAUGAGGACCGUGAGCGCAGAGGGGACCGGACUAUUUAUGACUACGUGCGGGGAAAUUACCUGGAUCCCCGGUCUUGCAAAGUCUCCUGGGAUUGGAAGGACCCCUAUGAGGUGGGCCACAGCAUGGCCUUCCGAGUGCAUUUAUUCUACAAGAACGGGCAGCCUUUUCCUGCACACCGGCCUGUGGGACUGAGAGUUCACAUCUCUCAUGUUGAGCUGGCCGUGGAAAUUCCAGUGACCCAGGAAGUGCUCCAGGAGCCCAGUUCCAAUGUGGUCAAGGUGGCCUUCACUGUGCGCAGGGCUGGGCGUUACGAAAUCUCAGUAAAGCUUGGUGGAUUAAACGUGGCCUACAGUCCCUACUACAAGAUUUUUCAGCCUGGAAUGGUGGUUCCUUCCAAGACCAAAAUAGUGUGCCAUUUUUCUACUCUUGUAUUGACCUGUGGACAGCCACACACCCUUCAAAUAGUGCCCCGAGAUGAGUACGACAACCCUACCAACAAUUCCGCGUCCUUGAGAGAUGAGCACAAUUACAGUUUGUCCAUUCAUGAGCUCGGUCCUCAAGAAGAAGAGAGCUCUGGUGUCUCGUUUGAGAAGUCUGUGACCUCCAACAGGCAGACCUGCCAGGUGUUCUUGCGACUCACCCUGCAUUCUCGUGGCUGCUUCCAUGCCUGCAUUUCAUACCAAAAUCAGCCAAUCAAUAAUGGUGAAUUUGACAUCAUUGUCCUAAGUGAGAAUGAGAAGAAUAUUGUCGAACGCAACGUGUCCACCUCGGGAGUGAGCAUUUACUUUGAGGCUUAUCUUUAUAAUGCCACCAACUGUACCAGCACACCUUGGCACCUUCCCCCCAUGCACACGAGCUCCUCCCAGCGCCGGCCUUCCACAGCCAUGGAGGAGGAAGAUGAAGACUCACCCUCUGAGUGCCAGACCCCUGAGAAGCUGAAGAAACCGAAGAAGGUGUACUGCUACGUGUCCCCAAAGCAAUUCUCAGUGAAGGAGUUCUACCUGAAAAUCAUUCCCUGGCGCCUUUAUACCUUCCGAGUAUGCCCAGGAACAAAAUUUUCAUACCUCGGCCCCGACCCCGUUCAUAAGCUCCUGACACUGGUGGUAGAUGAUGGCAUUCAGCCGCCCGUGGAGCUCAGCUGUAAGGAGAGGAACAUUCUAGCAGCCACUUUCAUCCGCUCUCUCCAUAAGAAUAUAGGAGGCUCCGAGACCUUUCAGGACAAGGUGAACUUUUUCCAGCGAGAGCUUCGGCAGGUGCAUAUGAAAAGACCACAUUCCAAAGUCACCCUGAAGGUCAGCAGACACACGUUGUUGGAAUCGUCUCUGAAAGCUACUCGGAAUUUCUCCAUCUCAGAUUGGAGCAAGAACUUUGAAGUGGUUUUCCAAGACGAAGAAGCUCUGGACUGGGGAGGGCCUCGCCGGGAAUGGUUCGAGCUAAUCUGCAAAGCAUUAUUUGAUACCACCAAUCAGCUCUUCACCCGAUUCAGUGACAACAACCAAGCAUUAGUACAUCCCAAUCCUAAUCGCCCUGCUCAUCUGCGCUUGAAGGUGUAUGAGUUUGCAGGGCGGUUGGUGGGCAAGUGUCUCUAUGAGUCCUCUCUAGGAGGAGCCUACAAGCAAUUGGUCCGAGCUCGAUUCACCCGCUCUUUUUUGGCCCAGAUCAUAGGCCUACGUAUGCAUUAUAAGUACUUUGAAACAGAUGACCCAGAAUUCUACAAAUCUAAAGUUUGCUUCAUCCUCAACAAUGACAUGAGUGAGAUGGAGCUGGUCUUUGCAGAAGAGAAAUAUAAUAAAUCAGGUCAAUUGGAUAAGGUGGUAGAGCUCAUGACAGGUGGAGCUCAAACCCCAGUCACUAAUGCGAAUAAAAUCUUCUAUUUAAAUCUACUGGCCCAAUACCGACUGGCCAGUCAAGUGAAAGAGGAGGUGGAACACUUCUUAAAAGGUCUGAAUGAGUUGGUCCCUGAGAACCUUUUGGCCAUUUUUGAUGAAAAUGAGCUUGAACUGCUGAUGUGUGGGACUGGGGACAUCAGUGUGUCUGACUUCAAAGCCCACGCAGUGGUCGUUGGCGGCUCAUGGCAUUUCAGAGAAAAGGUCAUGAGAUGGUUCUGGACUGUGGUUUCCAGUCUGACCCAGGAGGAGUUGGCUCGGCUGCUACAGUUCACAACAGGCUCCUCUCAGCUACCACCCGGAGGUUUCGCUGCCCUCUGUCCCUCAUUCCAGAUUAUUGCUGCUCCGACCCACAGCACGCUCCCGACUGCACACACGUGUUUUAACCAGCUGUGCCUCCCCACGUAUGACUCGUACGAAGAGGUGCACAGGAUGCUGCAGCUGGCCAUCAGUGAGGGCUGCGAGGGCUUUGGCAUGCUCUGACCGCCCUCCUGCCAUCCACCUGGCCCUGUGCUUUCCGGAGCACCUGGGUGCACGUAACAGCGUGAUAACACUGACCCAGACAUCCACGUAACGUACACGGAACCAUCGGCCAGAAGCUGCUGCGUGCUCCCCAGUAGCUGGAGUAUUUGGUCAUCUGUGAGCUGGAUCCUUCCCUUGCUGCUCCCUACACAUCUCUCCCACAGGCCACUUGGGCACGGUGUGUCAUGUGAGCUGCUCACUCAGUCACGAGAGGAGGACCGUGCUGCCGUAACUUCAUUUGGUUCUUAGAAGAUCUCAGUGGCAGGAGCUGCUUCAGUAGCUGAGGAAGAUUACACAAAGGGCUCAGCUUUCUUAGAAGGCUGGCCUCCGCCUUGCUCAGCCUCCUCUGCUGGUGUCCCUGAGAGAUCCCCUCUGCAGCCCUCACUACUUGACCUGAGGUGAUGUGAGUCCCUCUUGUGGGCAUGGUGAUUGCCUCUUCUCACCAGGAGCCGGGAGAAGCACCUCGAGGAAGGGGCCCACAUGAGCCACAUGAGCAGUCUUCAUUUUUGUCCCUCUGCACAAUGGCAGGCUCAGGCCAUGGUACUGGACUACCUCUAAUGGGGACUGAUAGCACAAAAGGAUUUUUUUUGUGUGGUGUCAGAACUGGAAAAGGAGCUUUUUCCCUGAAGGCAUUUCUGGAAACGAUCAUUAAUCCAUAAAGAACUCUCUACGCUUUUUUUUGAGUUUGAGCCAGUGAGAAAAACAGACCCAAGAAUGUGAAAGAUAGCUGGGCUAUAGCUUCCAGUGCCGAAUAUGAUUUUCCCUUAGGGCCUGGGACACGUCUAGGCACAUGGCUGGCUUGAAGACUACUGACGUUUGUCCCUGAGUUUGUUCUUUACACUGAGGUGUGGCUGGGCCUGGCCACUUACCUUCAACUUAUUCAGUCUGCUAAGAGCUUGGGAUUCUUUAGCUUUCUACGGAAGAAAAUUUUGUAGCAAGGGAUUGAGACAGUAAGAAUAGCAUGCUAAUGAUGCCUGGUUCUCUCUUUGCUUGGUUUUCUCUGGCAGCACUGAGGCAAGGGAAAAGGGACCUGUGGCUCAAUCACAGGUCCUUGGGGUCAGGGCACAAGGAACAUACAUAGAAGAGCUGUGUCAAACAACAAACAGCCAGCUGCUCAGUGACUUCACUCUGUCAGUUGCCAGCAGGAGUCCCAGUGGAGGGAGGACGAUCUAGUAGGUUCGGUUACACGAUGACUGAAGAGAACCUGCAGCUGUCUCUUGGAAGAUCACACCAUCCUUUCUCAUUACAGUUUGAAUACACACAUCUUCAAGACUCAAACUCUCAUCAACUCUCCAAAUUUCUGUGUUUAAGAAGGCUUUGCUGCAAGCUACCCUUCUCAACGGGGCAUUCAACUCUGAGAAUAUUACAAGCCAUCCUUACUGCCAAAACCAGCAAGUACAGAGGCCAGAGAUGAGGCAGGACUUAUGGCAAUGCCCUGGCCUCGCGGAAGCAUGUCUGAGCCCUCCCGUUCCCAGGGAUCACAAGGAACAAGCCCUCCCGAGCUGCUCCCGCUGCUGCCUGACCUCACUCCUUCGCAGUCGUCAUUUGUCCUUGGCAUGGGUGCCAACCUCACUCAUUCUUGGGGUCUGGGAUCCAGCGUCAGGGCCUCGACACCCACAGGGUCCUCCAUGCCACACGGUCACUGCUCUCCUCAGGGACCAGGACAAGGUGCUGCUGCUCGCCCCAGUGUCUUCCCAUGGGACACAUGCAGGCGAGUUUCGUCAUCACCCUGGACAAGGCGACGUUGCCCCUCGGGCCUGGAGGGGGGCUUCCAGCUGGGGGUACGUGGGCUGGUUCUGCUGUCCUUGGCAGUUGAUCCUCUUCUGGACUCUGCAUUCUCCCCUCCGUGGCCCUCCAGAGACUGCUGCUGGAGCUCGAUUUGAUUUUCUUGGCUAGAUCUGUCAUUUUAAGCUCCAGUCAUAGCACUUUUCAGAGCAUCCUGGGUGCCACCGCGGCUGACUGCGGCCGCUUGCGUGCCUGUGGUGGGCCUCGGCCCCAGGGUCUUUGUGUAACAAAACCCUUUGAUACUGUUGUGGUUUUCUACUCUUCAGGGUACUCCCUCUCCCAAGUCUGUUCAGAAGUAUCUUUGCUCUGUUUGGCCUUUUCCUUUUCUCUUUUUUCUAAUCUUGCUCUGGUACUAGUCAAUAUGGGAGAAAAAGGUACAUGUCAGAGAGAAGGGGGAAUAUGUGUUACUUCUCGGGCAAUUUUUACUUUCGUGUUUCUUCUUUUGGCCAGUUCUUUUGUUGAUGCCCUUGUGGCCCAGGUACUUGGGGGAGGCGGGCUGAACGACUGGCCUUUUAGUGUCUUUGAGGGAAGUCAAGCAGCAAGUGAACACCAGGGAGAGCAUCAGCAUGUUUUCUAGAGACCAAGCCCUGCUGCAGGUCCGUCAGGCCAGGCAAAGGGGCCAGGCAGCUGUAGUGAGACUGUAAAUAUUUUGUACAGGAAAUAAAUACCAAAAAGGGUUAUGUAGCGAGUGACUCUUCUUUAAGUGGCGACUCAGGGCUCAGACUGGAGGUGGGGAAGGAAAGGAAAGAUUUGGAAAUGUUUUUGCAUUUUCCCAGUAAUUCUUUCAGAAGCUCCCAGCGCCAGGUAGAACGUGCGCACAGAGCCCUGGCCUGUCCCAGCUCUUCUCGCGCCUCCGUCCUUCCCUGACCGCCGUCCCUGAUGCCGGGCAGGGCCAUGGUGCCUGACAGGUGCUUGUGCCCACCUCCUGAACAAGAAACCAGUUUGGCAAGAGCAGAGGGUGUCUGUUUUCAUCAGUCUUUUAAACAUGAAUUUGUCGUUUUACUGUGUAAGAAA